AUGGCAUCAGAAAAGAAGACCAGUGUCGAAGGCAAGAGGAGAUGCUUCGAUCGGACCUCGCAUCUUUGUUCUUAUUCUAAGGAAGCUGAGCAUGCACUGGUUGGAGACUUUGCAGCAGGAGCAAACUGCUCUGGUUUUGACCAGGCACAUUCUGCCAAUGCUUCAGAAUUAAAGUUGUUAGAGGAAAGCUUACCUUAUUUAAGUUCGUCUUCAGACGCAGAUAUUGAAAUGUAUAAUAAGAAGAGGAUGAGAAUUUGCUGUGUGGAUGUAGAUGAGAGCAAGAAAGAAGCUGGUGUGUUGGGAAAGGCGUGUGACGAUACACACGUGAAUUGCAGAGUGUGUGAUGACUGCAGACAAAGCCGUUUAGGUCAGGAUUCACAGCUGGAGUAUCUCAGUGCUCAUGAGCAAGAUUUUGAUGACAGCAAUAACUCAAGUGAGUUUUCUGAGCAAGGGCUAACUGUAGGAAUCGAAACCUUAGAGCUGAUCGAUCCAGUUCAUGAGGUGGGUAGAGCUGCAAAGGAACAAAUUCUCAUUGGCCUGUCAGAAGAUUGUUCUGCUUCUGAAUAUGGUGCAGGUGACCAGGCCUGCCCAGAAGCAGCUGUGCUGGAGCUUCCCCACCUGCUUCAGGACUCUCUGUCUGUGGCAGAUUGCAGUGACGUGACUUGUGAUCAUCAGGAAGAGCAGACAGAGUACCACAGUGUUGGUUGUGGAAGUAUACUUGAAAGUCAUUCUUGGGGGAGCACAGAAAGGGCCUGUCCAAAUGUGCUUGUGUGUGACAGCAUAGAAAAUGGAGAGGUGAGAGACACCCCACUGAUUGUCCACAUGUUGCCACCCCAAAUCGCUAAAAGUGAAGAAGUGUCUGCAAACUACAUCAGACACGUUCACAGCGUCUCAGGGAAGCAAGACAAUCCUUUACUGUUACCAGGGGAAAAGGCCCCUGCAGUAACCACACAAUUUUGUGACUGUGCAGGAGACUCCGAUUUCUACAGCUGUGAAGAAUCUGGUGUGGGCACAUGUGGUGCCAGCUGCACCACAAAGGAUGAUGAAGCCAAAUUUCCAGUCUCUGAAAUUCUCACUAGCAACAAUCCCUCUUUUGGGGUGGAAGUUGCGGAGAAAUCUUCCCAUGGGAAUGCCAGCUGUCUGAACUCGGAGCAUCGUGAAACCCUGAAAAGUGUUGCCAAUGACUCUAUGGUUCACCAGGCUGUUGAUGCGAGUUCUGAUUUUAGAGCUUGCUUCACAACAAGCAGAAGUACCAGUGCUCAGGUUUGUGUCUCGGCCAGGGCUGUUAAUACAGAGAUAACAAUGAUGAACAAAGCUCGACCCGGGAGAUGGCACUGUAAAACCUGUGCAGACAUUGCUUGCAGUACAGGCUGGUCAAGUGCACCCAGUAGGGCAGAGGAAAUUCGGUCACAGCUUACUGACACACUAGAAAUUCACUCAGAUGGCAACGCUGCAACAGCUGAAAGAAGUUCACAAAUUCAGGAACAAUGGGAAUCAAAAAAUGAGCAGUGUGACA